AUGCAAAAACAAAUUGAAAAUUUGCAAAACUCAUACACAAAACUUUCAUCUAAUAAAAGAAAUUCAAUUGAUGAUGCUGGUUCUUCAAUUUAUAAUGCUCCAAGUUUCGAUACCUUAAGUAGAACUUCAUCUUCCAAAAAACAAAAAGUUCAUAAUGGAAAUUCAACACCACAUAAUUCAAUUAGUGUUUUUAAUGAUGAAAAUAUAAUGAAAAUUAAUACCUUUUUUUUCACCGAUUUAAUUUCAAUUGGUAAACCAUUAUACCUUUUAAAGGAGAAUUAUCUGGUAUUGGUUUUUCCAGUUCCAGUUUUAAAAAUUGUUAUGGGUGGAUUCAAGAUUGUAAAAAAAAAAGAAGAUAAUCCACAACUUCUUAAAGAAGGAUUUUAUUUAAUGGUAUCAUAUCAUUUCCAACUCCCAACUCUUCAUGAUAUGAAAAGUGAUAUUCGAUAUUCUGAUAUUGACACCAACGAGAUGGCACUCGAUACUUGGAUUUUCCCCAGCGAGAGAAAUCUCAAAACAAAAAAAGAUUAUUUUUUUAUUGAUGGUCCAUAUGAUGAUAUUGGUGAUUAA